UACCGACAAUUCGCAUUGAGCGAAAAUGCAGUUGGCGUUUCUUUUGCUGUCGUUAAUAGGCGUCUUUCAAAACGUGGCGUCUUUCUCCAACCUAGAUGAUUUCUCUCUGCUGCUCCCCCUUGCCGGAGAUACACGAAUUAACUUCACACUGGAAGCCACUGGGGGCUGCUAUAGAUGGACAUCAACUCAACCAGAAGUUGCGAGCAUCCAGCCCAUUGACGAAGGGACAGGCAGAGGCUGCUCCAGGAAAGCGAUUCUUCAAGCUCGAUCCACGCAGCCCUCCAGAUUGACCAGCACCAUUCUAGCUGAAGAUGUUGGGACAGGAGAGACAAUGAAGUGCGAUGUAAUCCUUGACGUGAUCUUCAGUUUGACCAUUGUUACCACCACCAGAGAGCUUCGCCUGGGCAGUAGCCCAAUUCCACUCAAAAUUGAAGCGCUGGACUAUAAAGGUGCCUAUGAGAUAAACUUCCUCUCAUUAUAGCCUGCUGCUGCUCUGCUCAGUACUCCCUUAACCAAGCUAAUUGGCACU